AUGGAUAAAUGUUCAGUGAGAGGAUUAGACUUGGCUGAACAGACUCCUGUUUUAUUAGAGCAUAAAGCCAUGGCAGCUAGUCUCUUGGAUAUAGGAAAUUCAUUUGGUAACCCAACUAGUCCUUUAGAUAACAGAUGUAGAAAUUCAUCGAUGGAAGAAGAUGAUGAUGAUGUUGUAUUUAUUGAAUCUAUACAACCUCCUUCAACUCCUACUCCAGCAGGAGCUGAUCAAAGAAAUUUUAUAUUUGCUUCAUCAAGAAAUGAAAGGCUACAAGGAGAUUAUUCCAUAAUUCUUCCUUCCUCAAGAGAUUUGGCUUCUGAGAAGGGAAAUGUAAGUGAGACAAUUGUUAUCGAUGAUGAAGAGGACAUAGAAACAAAUGGUGGGGAAAAGAAAAAUUCUUCCAAUUUUAUUGAAUGGGGACUUCCUGGAACUAAAAAUAGAACCAAAGAUUUGGAUUUCUCCACUUCCAGUCUUUCAAGAAGUAAGACCAAGACUGCAGUAGGACCUUUUAAUCCUGGUAGAAUGAAUGUGGCAGGAGUUGAAUUUCAGAAUGGAGGAUAUGCAACUCACCAUAGUCCCGAUUCUUGGAUCUCCCAGUCAGCAUCAUUUCCCCGUAAUCAGAAACAGCCAGGGGUGGAUUCUUUAUCACCAGUGGCCUCCCUUCCUAAACAGAUUUUCCAGUCUUCAGUCCAACAGCAACUUACAAAACCAGCUAAAAUCACUUGUGCACACUGCAAAAAACCUUUACAGAAGGGACAGACAGCUUAUCAACGAAAAGGAUCAGCUCACCUCUUUUGUUCUACCACCUGCCUUUCUUCCUUCUCUCAUAAGCGCACUCCAAAGAAACGCAAUGUAAUAAGUAAAAAAGAUGUACCUACAAAAAGGGCUACUAAUGUUCCUCAAGUUAAGUCAAGAGAAUCCUCCCAAGAAUUUUGUAGUACGUCUUUGCCUCCCUAUGAAGACAACCAGAAUCUUAGAAAAAGAAUUAAUAAAUCAAGAUGUAUAAUCUGUAGUAAACUAACAGAGAUUCGCCAUGAAGUCAGCGUUAAUAAUGUAAUACAUAAACUGUGCAGUAACCAGUGCUUUAAUAAGUACAGGUUGGCCAAUGGACUAAUAAUGAAUUGCUGUGAACAGUGUGGAGAGUACUUGCCCAGUAAAAGUGCUGGAAACAGUGUCCUGAUCAUUGAAGGUCAGCAGACAAGAUUUUGCUGCCAAGGUUGUGUUAAUGAAUAUAAACAGAUGUUGGAAACAAAAUCAAAAAAUUUGUCAGCAUCAGAAAACAGAAAAAGGAAUGCUGUUAGAGAAGAAGAAAAUGAAAGAAAAUUAUAUGGACCAUCGAAUACUCUUUUAGGAAAAAAAGAGGGAAUACCAGAGAAAAAGGAAAAGACUUCAGAGCUACAGGUUUUGGCAGAAUAUAGCACAGAUACAUCACUGAUCAAGCAGGAUGUGAAUUUACCUUCUUCUAUGUUAACCAUAGCUGAUAAAUUUCAAGAGCCACUGGAAGAGAAAAAAUCAGAAGACUGCAUUAUAUCAGUUGUACUUUCUACAGACCCAGGUACAUGGCCCCGAAUUUUGAAUACUAAACAACGGGACAUUCUUGUUGAAAACGAUCCACCUCAAGUAAGAAAUUUUAACUUUCCAAAAGACAAUACAGGGAGGAAAUUUUCAGAAACUUACUACACACGAAUUCUUCCAAAUGGUGAUAAGACCACUAGAUCCUGGUUACUUUAUUCGACUGCAAAAGAUUCUGUAUUUUGUUUGUAUUGCAAACUCUUUGGGGAAGGAAAAAAUCAACUGAAGAAUGAGAAUGGGUGCAAAGAUUGGCAGCAUUUAUCACAUAUUCUUAGCAAACAUGAGGAAAGUGAAAUGCAUAUCAACAAUAGUGUUAAGUAUUCAAAAUUAAAAUCUGAUUUGAAAAAAAGUAAAACUGUGGAAUCUGCAGAACAUGGAUUACAUGAGAAUGAGAAAAAUGAUGGUGUGCUCUUGUUGUACACAUAAUAUAGCUGAUGUGGUUCUUGACAUAAUAGGGUCUUAAAUUUAUUCAGAAAAGAUCUAUACCCUAAUGGUCAGUACCAUUUUUGUUGGGAGGCUCCUAUGACUUUCAACAGUUCGUUAGCAAUAAGUAUAAUAGCAAAUAAAUAGUAAAGAAUGUUUCUGUUCCAAAUUCUAAAGCUAAUUGGGUUCAGUAGUAAUUAAUGCA